AAACAGCCACCAUUAUCUUACAGAAGAGAAAAGCGAAGGUGAUAAAACGGUAAUACGAUUAUUCGAACUGCCAAUCAUCAGAUACCAUCGUGGAAUAUUGAAUGUUCGACGGUAGGUGUCUACGCAGACAAGAAACUUAUUUAUCAGACCGCAGCUACGUGAAUUAAAAUUCAAAGAGCUCAACGCUCUCCCGGGGUACUGAGGAUGAUGAGGCUCUUGUAUAAAAAGCCACGUGCAAACGGUGGACCGUGCAUUCGUUCGCCGAUUUUCGAUUCUCUAUCAUACAGAUAUGAAUUUCACUCUUGCCCUAGCUUAUGCAAUGGCGGUCAUCUGGUUAUUCUUUGCCAAAUGUGAAACAGCCCCGGAACUUGUUACCAACGUGCGCAGGAGACUCCGCAGUCGUCCUUUAUUACGGGGGUAUAAUAUAGAAAAUCUCCUCGUUGAAGAUGAUGAUAUUGUGGAUUUAAAUAAACGACAACAAUUUGACGAUUACGGACAUAUGAGAUUCGGGAAACGAGAACAAUUUGAAGAUUAUGGUCAUAUGCGAUUUGGCAGGAAUCACGAAUAAUUAGUAAUGGUACUAAUCAAAUAGGUACAAUUGUAUAGUGUCGUUUUACUGUUGUUGCUACGAGAGUCACAUUUUGUUUAGACUCUAG